CGGGAAUACCCUCAAAUCGUAAAGCUCCUUCAUUUUGACAGAAGAAGCUUCUUUUUUUCAAUCGAUGGGCAGCGAAAGCUUUCUGUUCCUACUCAACCGUUUUCACCAGUUACCUUAUUAGUUCCCCAAUUCCAGAAACUUAGGUUGUCACGUUGCUUGGAAAUAAAUACGGAGAGUGCUUGCGUCAAACAGAAGUCGGCUAUUACCUGGAAAUGGAUUCAGAUAAGGAGUGUGACUCAGGCAGUGAAUCGUCCGCAGAUAAUGACAAUGAUGUUUUUGAUUUUAAUAUCAUGUUGAAUGCGGCUAAUUCGACUGAGCGUCGGUUGAAUGCUGAGUUCGAGGUACUAACCACUGAUGAAGUCGUUGAGCUUCAGCGUGAGAUAAUCGACAAAGUUAAUGUGCUACUUAAACUGCCGACUUCUAUAACACGCAUUUUGCUUAACCACUUUAAAUGGGAUAAGGAGAGACUGACUGAAAAAUAUUUCGAUGGGAGCCAGGAAGAGAUCUUCAAAGGCGCACACCUUAUAAAUCCAUUUUCCAAAGAACCUAAAGUCGUGCGUCAGAACACUUCACAUGACGGCCCCGAAGAGUGCGAAAUUUGCUUUUUAUCGUUGCCACCAAACUCUUUGACUGGCUUGGAAUGUGGCCAUCGUUUCUGCUUAAGUUGCUGGCAAGCGUAUUUGACAUCAAAAAUCAUUACGGAGGGUCUUGCACAGACAAUAUCAUGCGCCGCGCUGGGCUGUGAUAUCUUAGUCAAUGACGUGAUUGUUACCAAGCUAUUGUCUGAGGAAAGCGUUAAGGUCAAAUAUCAGCGGCUGUUAACCAAUAGCUUCGUCGAGUGCAAUCAGGUACUUCGUUGGUGUCCGGCCAUCGGGUGCACCAACGUUAUUAAAGUCAACUACUUCGAUUCGAGACAGGUUAAGUGCAAAUGCGGCCACGUCUUCUGCUUUGGCUGUGGGGAGAAUUGGCACGAUCCUGUGGAGUGCCGUUGGCUCAAGAAGUGGAUCUUAACAGUUGUGAGUGACUCGGAGACUUUAAACUAUAUUGCGGCUAAUACCAAACAGUGCCCCCAAUGCAACGUAACGAUCGAUAAGGAUGGUGGCUGCAAUUAUAUGCUCUGUAGGAAUCAGAACUGCAACUAUCAUUUUUGCUGGCUAUGUCUGGACUCGUGGAGGCAGCACGACCAUUUCAACUGCUUUAAAGAUAAUGAGUCCAGGAAUGCAUGCAAUGCCCUGGAAAUGAGACGUUCAUCUCCAAAUAGAUAUAUGCACUACUACAAACGCUACGCCAAUCACCUGGAAUCCAUGAGGCUCGAAAAUAAGCUUUACGAUACUUUCAAUCAGAAAAUCGAUGAAAUGAAGCAGCACUAUAGAACCUGGAUUGAGUUGCAGUUUUUGAAAACCGCUGUCGAUGUACUCUGCCAGUGCCGUCAGACUCUCAUGUACACUUAUGUAUUUGCCUAUUACCUGAAAAGGAACAAUCAUUCCAUGUUAUUUGAGCUUAACCAAAUGGAUCUAGAGUCGGCGACAGAAAUGCUGUCCGAGUACUUGGAAUGCGACAUUACUUCCGAGAAUUUAGCUGAUAUUAAGCAGAAAGUGCAAGAUAAAUAUAAAUAUUGUGAACAGCGUCGCACUGUUUUACUGGAUCACGUGCAUGAAGGCUAUGAGAAGGACUGGUGGGACUACAUAAAAUAGCGACAUACUUGUAUGUAUCUAUUUUGCUAAACCAUAGAUAAAUCAAAACAUCUUGUUAAAUGAAAAUAUACCUUCACAUGUAUAAAAAGCCUA